AUGCAAAACGCAGAAAAUAAAAAUAUAAAAAUGAAAUUUAAAUUGAAUUAUGCUGACAAAAAGAGUAUGAUUAAUUUAAGUCUUCGAAAAAAUGAUUUCAAUUCAAGAAAUAAUAAUAUAAAUACAAAUAACAAUCUGAGCAUUAGCAAUACGCAGAACAACAAGAAUUGUGUAGCUAACAGAAGCUCAUUAGAAAAACCUAAAUCAACAAAUGCAACCAAAAAUAUAAAAAUAAAUAUUGCAAGUUCAGGCAAUAUUAAAAAAAGCGGUAUUAGCACAAAUCGCGUGAACAAUGCCAACACUAUAGGUUAUUUACAAAAUGACAGUAUUGGUAACCAAAACAGUAUUAGUAACAGAGUAAAUAAUAUUAAUAAUAAAAGUAAUAUUAGUCCUAUUAGUACUAUUAGUAAUAUAAAUAAUAUAAACAAAGUAAACAUUGCGAAUAAUGGCAUUAUAAAAAGUAGUAGUGGUAAUACUAACAAUAAUGAAAAUGUACAUUACGAUGAUAGUAGUACUAUUGGUAUUAAUGAAGGGAAAAAUUUCCUUGACAUUAUGAACAUAACUGAUAGUUUAAAUAUUAACGACAGCAUAAAUAAUUAUGAGAGUCUAAAUAAUAGUGGGAAUAUAAACGAUUAUGCAAAUAACAACAACAGUAGCAGUGUUGUAAAUGCUCAUAAUAACAGCAAUUCUAAUAAUAUGCUACAUAGAAAUAAAUAUAUGAUAAAAAGUAAUUUAAAAAUAUAUUAUAAAAAUGGGUUAAUACCAUAUUCUUUUAUAUAUCAUAAAAUAUUAACUAUAUUAAAAUCACAUUACAAUAAUCAUAUAAGUAAUAAUCGUGAUGUAGCUAAUAAAGGUAUAUCUUUUUUUCAUAUUGAAAAUAUGUUAAUUAAUUUAGGUUUUAAAGGUGUAGAUAUAAACAAUAAUUUUUUAUUAAGUUAUUUAGCUUCAUCAAAGAAAAUAAAAAUUGAUUUAAAUGAAAAAAGAAUUUGUUAUAUAAACCCAUAUGUUGAUAUAACAAAUAUAACAUCCUUAUUAAAUAAAAUAAAUAAAUAUGGCUAUUUAUAUGGCUAUGAAAUUAAUGAUGAUUUAAUUAAUACAAAUAAAGAAAUAUAUAAAUGGAUUAACACUUUAUUAUAUGAAAAAAAAGUUCGAUGUAUACGAUCAAAUAAUAGUCAUUUAAGAGGAAAAUUAAAAUGUAAAAAUUUACCAACAUUCUGUGAUAUCUAUUCAAAAAAUAAAUGUGAUAACUGUUUUUAUAAUUUAAAGGGAUUUAUUUUUUUUCCACUCUCAUAUGAACAUAUUGAAAAAGAACGCUAUUCAAUAACAAAUGACAUAAAAAAUUUAUGGGAUGAAAUUACCUUGCCAAAUCUUGAUAACAUUUUAAAAGAAUAUAAAUUAAAAUCAACAAAUAAACUCUUUAUCAAUGAUAAUGUGCCAAAGAGAAAAAAUAAAGACGACAAGCUUACGCCAAUCAUUAAAAAAAUGAAAAGAAUUUACAACACCCACUUAUUUACGGCCGACGAAAUUAAAAAUGAGUUCAUACAAAAAAAGUGA